GAUCUCGCAUAUCAUCGUCACCUCCGCUCGCUUAGCUCUAGCUCUCAGCCGCCCGCUGCUCCAGCUGCUCUUCCGUUUUUUUUCCCCUCUCUCUCCUCUUCGCCGCCCGCGGCGCGCCUUCCAGAACCUUCCAGAAGCUUCCUCCCGCCCCGAUGUCUCUCCGGAGGCGGGAGCGCCGGGUCAUCGCCGCGGCCGGCGCGGCGGCGCUCGUCGCCGUCGGCCUCAACCUCGCCUUCUCCGCCGUCGCCGCCCACCGCCGCAGGAAGCGGCGAGAGCUCCCAGGGUUUACUGCGCAAGUCAACCUCUCAGCUGCUGACAUCAAGAGAUUAGCUGAUCGCGUCGUUUCUAAGUCGAAGGAAACAUACGACGCUGUGGCUGCGGUUCCCCUAGAUAAAGUCAGCUUCUCUAAUGUCAUUGCACCUCUGGCGGAAUUAGAUGCUCAGCAGUUCCCACUGGUUCAAGCCUGUGUGCUUCCUAGAAUGGUCUCACCGUCUGAUGAUGUACGAAGGGCCAGUGCAGAAGCAGAGAAACGAUUGGAUUCUCACUUCCAGCAGUGCAGGCAGCGUGAAGAUGUGUAUCGUGUCAUAAAGGCAUUCACACAGAAAGGUGAAAGAAUAGGCCUUGAAGCAACAAGAUUUGUCCAGUGCAUGGUAAGAGAGUUUGAACGCAAUGGUGCUAAACUAACUCAAAGCAAGAAAACGGAGAUGGAGAAACUGAAAUCUCACAUUGAUGACUUAAGUUUGAAGUAUAUUCAAAGCUUAAAUGAUUCCACAAAAUUUCUUCUAUUGAACGAGGAAGACCUGGCUGGGAUGCCACUAGAGUUCUUAAAGGAACUGGAAAAUACAAAUGGGAAGUGGAAGGUUCUGCUGACCAGUUAUCAUGUUACUCCAAUUCUUGAGCAUUGCAAGGUUGGCUCUACCAGGAAACUGAUUGCUGUUGCUUAUGGCCAGAAAGGUGGAAAAGAGAAUAUAGCCAUCCUGGAAAAAUUGGUCCAGCUAAGACACCGGCUUGCUAGAUUGCUGGGGUAUCCCAAUUAUGCUGAUUAUGCUAUUGAACCUAGAAUGCCGAGGACGUCAAGGAAGGUCUUGGAGUUUUUGGAGGAGAUGUCAGAACAAUUAAAUGGCCUAGCUAAUAGGGAGCUCAGCGUACUCAAAGAUCUGAAGAUGGAGGAGGAGGGUGAUGCUCAAUUUAGCGUGGAAGACCUGUUAUACUACAUGAAAAGAGCUGAGGAGCUCAAGGUUGAUCUUGAUAUUGGUGAAAUUAAACAAUUUUUCCCUGUUGACCUGGUCAUAUCAGGAAUAUUGAAGAUGUUUCAAGAUCUGUUUGCACUGCGAUUUGAGGAAAUGAAGGAUGCUGAGACUUGGCACGAUACAGUUCGUCUCUUUUCUGUCUGGGAUGCAAGUUCAAGUGAUCUUUUGGGUUACUUUUUUCUGGAUAUCUUUUCCAGGGAAGGAAAAUAUGCACAUACCUGCGUCGUGGCACUUCAGAAUAGAUGCCUGUGUUCUAAUGGCACAAGAAAGGUUCCAGUUGCAGUUCUAUUGUCUCAAUGCCCGAAAGAGUUUGAUGGGAAUUCAGCACUGCUGAGGUUCCCAGAAGUUGUAAGGAUAUUCCAUGAAUUCAGUCAUGUGGUCCAUCAUAUCUCCAACAGAGCCACCUUUUCUAGAUUUUCGGGUCUUCAACUGGAGGGGGAUUUUGCUGAAAUUCCAAGUCUGUUACUUGAGAAUUGGUGCUAUGAGAACAUUUCUCUAAAAAUGAUGUCUGGCUUCCAUCAGGACAUUACGAAGUCUAUCACUAGUGAGGCUUGCCAAUCACUGAAAAGAAGGCGUGACAUAUUUGCUGGCCUGAAACUGAAACAAGAGAUCCUUUUGUGCCUUGUUGAUCAGAUAAUACAUACAGGCGAAAAUGUGAACAUUGAUGACUUAAUCAAGGAUCUUCAUCCAAAGGUAAUGCUAGGUAUACCUUUGUUGGAAGGGAAUAGCCCAGCUUCAUGUUUUCCACGUAUUGCUAUUGGCUAUGAUGCUGUGUGCUACAGUUACAUAUGGAGUGAGGUGUUUGCGGCUGAUCUGUUUGCAUCAAAAUUUAAAGACGACUUGCUAAAUCAGCAUGCGGGGUUGCGGUUUAGAAAUAAGGUAUUGGCUCCAGGAGGCUCGAAAAAUCCCCUUGAUAUCAUAUCUGACUACCUUGGACGAGAACCAUCAUUGCAAGCUUUCAUUCAGAGCCGAACGAGGAACAGUCUGUGAAAGAUCGUGUAACCCUUGAAGGUUUAAUUAGUGUUGAAUUAUUUUUUUUUCUCUGAGGGAAUAGUUAGUGCUGAGAUCUGAUUAUGAUCUGUUCGUUUGUUCAACCUUUUACUGCAACGAGAAUGCUUUUGCAGUGACAAGGUAUCUAGGAGCAGUCAUUUUUCUCACAUCGGAGCUGCCCUCAAGUUUCAGCCAUGUAGUGCAAUGUCCGUUUAUUGUACAAUUAGCAACUGGGAAAAGGGGGUGAAGUUAACUUCACUUCAUUGACGAUGCUGAAACUUGAAAAGAUCAUACGAGCAUACAUGUGUCAAAAGAACAUGCAUGUGGAUUAAACAAGAAGCUGGAAGACAUACGAAACUUAGGCCUGAAA